AUGGCAUCCCUGAGCAUGGCGUUGGCCGGAUCAGCCGGCGCGAGAAUGUUCGCUGCGACGGCGGCAGCCAAAGGAGCUGGGAGCGGCGGCGCCGGGGGGGAGAAAGGGCUGUUUGACUGGAUUCUGGGAGGCCUACAGAAGGAGGACCAGCUGGUGGAGACCGACCCCAUCCUCAAGAAGGUCGCGGAGAAGGCAACCUCCACCACCGCCACCGGCUCCAGGAAAUCCUCCGGCACCACCUCCGUCGCCGUCCCCAAGAAGAAGUUCGGCGGCUUCGGAGGUCUGUUCGCUAAGAACUGA